UCUAACUUAACAAAAAUGUUUUUGGAGGAGAUUAAGGAAGCAUUCUUUUCUGAUUGUGCAGACAAAUCUGUAGUAAGCAGAACACCGAAAGUAGAUCUACAGAAGAAAGGAGAAGCCACAUCUAAUUUAUCAAACAAGUCUUUCCGGAAGAUGAAUGAUGACUUCCUUAUUGAGGAUGCAGGAAAAUCGGUGCCAAGCAGGACACAUAAAAUAGACAUGGAAGAACCACAGAACAAAGAAGGAGCUACAUCUGAUUUAUCAAACAAGUCUUUCCAGAAGAUGAAUGAACACUUCCUUAUUGAGGAUGCAGGAAAAUCGGUACCAAGCAGGGGUCAUAAAGUAGAUAUGGAAGUACUAGAGAAGAAAGAAGGAGCUACAUCUGAUUUAUCAAACAUGUCUUUCGAGAAGAUGAAUGAAGCAUUCCUUAUUGAGGAUGCAGGAAAAUCAGUACCAAGCAGGGCACAUAAAGUGGAUAUGGAAGUACUACAGAAGAAAGAAGGAGCUACAUCUGAUUCAAUCGCUUCGAAUGCAAUACGUGAGAAAAUUUUAACUCGGAUUAACGAUUGGACAAUCGAAAAUGCAGUGAACGAAAGACCGACUGCAUGCGAAUACACUAAGUCCCCGUGCAGUAUAUUAUAG